CCAGUAGCCGAGCUCGCGCGGCACGGAGGGUUACUCGCCUUCCCGCCAGUUCGCCGUCUCGCCUGACAGCCGGUUGCCCGCGUCGACAGCGCUCGCCUUCACAUCGUAAACAAUAAAAAAAAAAACUUAACAUAGUCAAUGAAAACCUCAAAAAAUUCAAUCGAUCAAAACUUUACUUCACUAAUUUAUUAUAAUAACUGCAAUAACCAGUAAAUCUAGACAGCCGGCCGCAGUGACUUUGGAAAUGUAAUGUCAAGUGUUUUGGUGACCGAAGUGAAAGGAGUUCUUUCGUAUAAUUGUGAUACUUACUGAAGUGCUGUGUAACUGUGCUGAGCUCGGCCGAUGAUUAACCAUAAGUAGAACAAACUUAGAAGCAUGCUCGAUGAUGUACCGGUGCGACAGAAACUCGAUGAAUAUAAUUGAAUGCUGUUUAUCAAUCGAAGUACAUUGCUGCAUUUAAUAGUCUACGGUUAAUGUUCGUAUGAAUUAAAGCAAUGCCGGCGCUCCGGCUACUGGGGCGCAAAUGGCUAGCCGCCUCGGACGAUCUCGUGUUUCCGAGCAUCUUCGAGCUACUGUGCCGUUUUGUAUGGCUGGUGUUAAUAGCUCUCGUGGUAGAAGUAAUAUUCCCGGUAACAUGGCAAUGCCAAUCGGAAGGCUGGCACGGAGGCGCGUUCGUGCGGCUGUACCUGUGCGGCGCGCUGGUGCUGCAAGCCGUGCUCAUGCUGCUGCUGGCGGCGCUGGCGCACCAGUCCGCUAGGGGCACCAUCACGGAGGUCGACGCCAGGAAGCUGGUCUCUCCACUCCUGUUGAUGAAGGUGCUGCUGGUGUUGCCGGAGAUAGCCUUGAACGUGAUGGGCACCAUGUGGAUGUUCUGCGACGUCAUAGAGUGCUCGGUCUCGGACAAGUUCUCAAACGUAGUUAUUCAGAGCAUAGUCCUUUUCAACUGGGUGCAACUCGCGCUGACUGUGUUCGGUCUGUUCAUGGUGUUCGACCCGCUGGGCUCGGUGAACUACGGGGACAUGGUGGACACGCCCAACCAAGUGCGGCACCACCGCAAGGUCACCGGGCUGUGGUCGAGGCGGUUCCGGUGGGCCUUCUGCUGGCUCAAGCGGGAUGAGCAUGGGAAGGAGGCUUUUCAGCAGGUUGCAGCUCUCCUCAGCGCCCUAUUCAGAUCAACAGACCUCGUCCCGUCCGACGUUGUGGCGGGCUGCGUCCUGCUCCGAGUGCGCCAGAAGCGAGAGACCCGCGAAAUGCGCCGUAUACAAAUGCUCAACGACGAAGAACCUAUAUACACCACUGAUGUCAACAAAAUUUUCUCCGAGACCCCGCCCUGGAUGAACCUUAAAGAUGCUUUGCAUUACCUUAGGCUGUCCAUAGCGGCAUACGGCUGGCCCUAUGUGUUGUAUCGGCACUGCUUCACUGGUUUCUGCAAGUUGGCCAGGCACUUGACGUGUUGCUGUUGUCGCCCCAAGAACUCGAUUGUAACGGACGACAACUGUUGCAUGUGUCACUUCGCCGGCGUCAAGUACAUGUCCAAACUAGAGGCCGACGACAUCAUCUUCGCGUCUUUCAACAAUCACGUCUUUGAGCUCCCGUUCUGCGUGAUAACGGACCACGAACGAGAAAGUGUGGUGGUGGCUGUGCGUGGGUCCAUCUCCCUGCGGGACAUCUUCACAGACUUCACCGCCGGUUCUGAGCGGUUUGAGGCCGAUGGCUUGCCUGAAGGCACGGCAGCGCACAAGGGUAUGUCGAUGGGCGCAGCCAAGAUGCUGAAGCGGCUGAUGCCGGUUCUGGACCGCGCCUUCCAGCAGUACCCACAUUACGACCUAGUGCUCACAGGUCAUAGUCUGGGCGCCGGAGUAGCAGUAUUAGUAGCGUUAAAGCUAAGGCCCAGGUAUCCACACCUCAAAGUAUUCGCGUUCUCUACGCCUGCGGGUCUAAUAAGCCGCGAAGCCGCCCGCUACACGGAGAGCUUCGUGCUGACGGUCGGCGUGGGCGACGACCUGGUGAUGCGGCUCAGCGUGCACAGCAUCGAGAACCUGCGCACCAAGGUCAUACAGACCAUACACGCCACCAAGCUGCCCAAGUACCGAAUAAUGCUAAACGGCUUCGGCUACGCGUUAUUCGGCGUGCCCGCCCGCGACCUGGAGUCCACCUGGCGGCGGCCCGAGGACCUGGAAGCGAACCACUCCGACGACUCCGCGGACGCCCUGCUCGUGCCGGGCGUCUCCACCGUGAGUGCUGAGGCGGCGCUAGUGUCGCGCAACGUGUUCGUGCGCCGGUUCUCCACGGCGCGGCUGUUCACGGCGGGCCGCAUCCUGCACAUCGUGCGACGCAAGCGCAUGGGCAUUGAGAACAAUGACGAUGAGGAUGAAAAUGAAAGGAAAGUGCGCACCCAAGAGCCAACGUACGAGAUGCGAUGGGCGUGCCCCGAGGACUUCAUGGAGCUGCAGGUGAUGCCGCGGAUGCUGCUCGACCACCUGCCCGAGAACGUGCACCGCACCAUACAAACCGUGCUGGACGAGCGACAUACCUACCGCGUCACGCAACACCUCUAGAUGGCGCUGUUGUUAAACGUUGAUUUCAAAUCUCAACGAAAAGCGAUGUAAUAUGCUUUGCAUUUACAACGGUAUGGUGCCACAAGGAGUACUGUCAUGUGUGGCUGUAACGGUCGGGUUUAUCAUGUUUGGCUGUGGAUAAGACAACUGUCAAGUUUUGGAAGUCAGUGCGAUUGACGCAUGCGUUCAUUGUGCUAUCCACAGCAGUAAUCGAUAAAACCCGCCUAGAAAGGGCAGAGUGCCGUAAAGGCAUCUUACAUACAGCAGCAGGACGCCACAAGGCAGAUUGCUAUGCCCAGGAUUAUACUAUGUGUCAAAUCAGAAAAAUGUAACGAGUCUUAUGCAUAAGCCAAGUUAUCGAACAAUUUACUUGCCUAGCCACGCCUUUUUAUUAAGCACACGUAAAUGGAAAACUUGAGCACUAGUAGACAGCUAAAAUCUCAUUUUGAUAUUAUAUUCAAUAAGAAUAAUUAUUAAUAAUCAGAAUCAAAGAUAUAUUAACACGGAAUACUGUAAUGAAUCUCUUAUAAUUGUACAUCUCGUAAGCUCCGCUUCAGAGCCGACUCAUGACACGAUGAAUGCAUUUCGUUCCUAAACCUAGAGAAGUACAUGACUCAGAUAUGAACAAUUUCUACGAGACUUUUGUAUAUAUUUUUUCAGAAUUUAUAUUGACAUACCAGUGUCAAGACGUUUUGUAAUUAAAACAAUUAGUAUAAGUAAUGUGAGAAGACUGUGAUGAUGUUAGAAUAAAAAUAUUGUUAAAGUGUAGAUAAGUGAAAUGUUAGUAAUAGCAUGGAUCGUGUGUAUAUGGUGAGGGUCGGGGCGCGCCCAGGGUGUGCCCCUUUUAGGUGCAUUACAUAUCAACGUUCAAAACGUUCUCAUUUCACCGGUCGUUGGUCAUCAAUUUUCGGCAUUUUGUUAAUCACAAACCAAAGACAGAAAUAGAAAGAGUUGGAACCUAGUUUAACGUACUCCACUUUAGUUGUUACUGAUUAAUUUGCUCAAAUUAAUAAGCAAUUUGUUUGUCAAUGUUCCGUGUCAUUACUCUAAAAGUCUUUGCUUCAAUUCGAAUACACUAAUACUAAGUAAGAUUUGCAAAGCUACCACUAAGUACAAUAACUAGAUGAUAGAGCGUUACCGGAGUCAAUUAAUAUUAUAAAAUACAGCAUACUCCUAUGUAGUAGCAUAAUAAGUACAUAGUGCUGACAGUUCAAAAUAUUUUUAUUGCCAAUCAGUUUAUUCAUUAUUUUUAAUUCAAUAUAGUAAAUAAAAAAAACUAUGUAUUUAGUUCUAGCGGGAUUUGCUAGCUCCAACAAAAUUACAGGUCGCGGCUUUUAGUCUCGCUAGAGCCAAAUAGGUUAUAUAGGUAAUAAUUUACUCAGUUAAAAAUAUAAAUGUUUCGAUAACAGACAUAAAUUACAUUGAGUUAAAUCACUAAAUCCAUUAGAGUAAUCAUUAUGCACACGUGGCCAAAUCAGUACUGGUUUGUACAACAUCCUUUCAACCAUUCUAUUAGCAUUUUUACGGAAUAAUUUCAACUUCGGGAACAAGAUCUUGAUAUGAAUAAAUUUACCUACCUAACAUAGAGUUUUUAAGCGUUUUACAUGUACAUAAAAUAGCAUUUAUUUAAAAUUAUAAUACAUUCCAAAUUGUAUUGAAAUUAGCCCUCAGUCCCUUGCCAUUACGUGUCAGGUAUGACCGAAUACAAAUUGACGCGAGAUGCUUUCCCUGUCCUUUAUUCCUUCUAUACCGAUAAUUAUACUCGCCAGAUACGAGUAACAAUACUGACCUCUGACUGCGGGCCUCUCCUAAGGCACGCCACUGAGUUCAAUUUUCAGCUCUCCUCCUCCAAUCCCUUUCAGGCCUUACCAAAUAUCAUUUGUAUACCAGAGACACAACGAACUAAAAAAAAAGGACUCGUCCUAUAAAUAUGGCACCACCACUUUUAAAAUCGCGCUCAGUUCUCAAACAAAAAAGCGUCUGACAACACGUUUUUAGUUUAGCUGUUUUAUGCCAAGAAAGGCAGUAAUUAUUACGCAAAUUAAUUUAACAUUUAGUUGGUUACUGCCAACAAAGUGUGAAACCAAAAAAACCUUGGACCAUAAUUUCCUUGCCAGCGCCCGAGCAAUUUUAUAUUAUUGUAUAAUCACAGAAUAUAUUAUGAUGAAAUUUGACAGCAUGAGAGAUUUAGCUAUUCUUCAAUGUCUAAUGUAAAUAGUAUUAAAUCAAUUCAUGAACAACGCCUAAAUUUAUAUAAUUUAUCAACUUUGUUUUUAAUGUACAGUGUCAGGAUGGGGAAGUGACAAGAUAUUUUAACUUUGUUAUUAUUUUACGGGGAUUUAUGUAUUAUUUUUUGUAGUUGUAUAUUGCCAGACGUUGAGUAUCACGCAGGAGUAAAGAAACGAAAGUAGUGUUAGCUUUACACUAAAGGGUUGUGAGUGUACACCACUAUUAAGUGCGUGGUAUUAAAUGGUGUUGUACAGUCAAAGUAAGUAGGUACCCACUAAAUAUCGUCACGGACAGAAUGGUGAAAUUUAUUGCCCAUAUACUAUUAUUAUCUAAGAUAGUAUGUACAUAUUUUUGGCAUUUUGUCCUUGACGAUAUUUAAUACCUUGACUGUACAGAGUUGAAAUGUUUUUAUUUCACACCAUCCACGAAAUAAAGCACUGGAAUAAUAUUAGACUGCAGAUAUUUUUGUAUUUUCUAUAGAAAAGUUUUUUGGAAAAAUGUCACAUGCAAAACAUAUUUUUAAAACUGCAAUCAUAAAGUGUGGAUAUUAGUAGACGUGUCACACCAUGACAUCACAUCCACGCGAAGUGUAAGGGUUAUUCGCACGAUUUCUGUAUUUUGAAAGGUAACUCGUUUCUUUACUCCUACGCCUACUUAUAUUUCGACUGUUGGUUGGUUGUUUCUUUUUUACACAGGUACUGGUCGUUGUUGAAGUAUUCGAAGGACUGAGGUUCUUUUCUUUUGUACCCUAAAUUAGGGCUCUAUAAUCUCUCACUUAAUGUAGCUCUAGGAUAGCCAAUGUCUUGUGUUGGGUUUGUGUUAAUUUAUAUUAAAAUAUAUUUUAAGUAAA